AUGGGUUUACAAGGAGAUGAAGAAACUGGACUAGGGUCCCCUGGAUCACCUCCCAAACCAUCCAUUUUCCGGCACAAUUCCCCCCUUGUUCAGGUUGCCAUCAUUGGAUUGGUGUGUUUCUGCUGCCCUGGCAUGUACAGCGCUCUUGCUGGGAUGGGCGGCGGAGGUCAGGUGGAUCCCACUGCAGCCAACAAUGCCAACACCGCCCUUUACACAGCCUUUGCGGUCUUUGGAAUCUUGGGUGGAGGUAUCUACAACAUUUUGGGUCCUCAUCUUACUCUGUUUUCCGGCUGUUCUACCUAUGUUUUGUAUGCAGGAUCCUUCCUUUAUUACAAUCAUUACCACCACCAGGCCUUUCCCAUAGUUGCUGGUGCCUUUCUUGGAAUUGGCGCCGGCCUUCUGUGGGCAGCACAGGGCGCCAUUAUGACCUCUUACCCACCCCAUGAACGCAAGGGCGCUUACAUUUCUAUGUUUUGGAGCAUUUUCAGCAUGGGGGGUGUCAUAGGUGGUCUAAUUCCUUUUACACUGAAUUUCCAUAGGACUGAUGCUAUUUCGGUUAAUGAUGCUACCUACAUUGCUUUCAUGGUUUUCAUGUCCAUUGGAACAGUUUUAUCACUAGCAAUAUCACAUCCUAGCUGUGUCCACCGUGAUGAUGGCUCACGGUGUACUAAUAUAGAGUACUCCAGUGUGUCAGUUGAAGCCAUUGAGAUUUUGAAAUUGUUCCUCAACUGGAAAAUGUUGCUCUUAGUGCCUGCCUUCUGGGCUAGUAACUUUUUCUACAGUUACCAGUUCAAUAACGUCAGUGGGGUUCUGUUUAAUCUGCGGACUAGGGGACUUUGCAAUGUGUUUUACUGGGCUGCACAGAUGGUUGGCUCCAUUUUUAUUGGGUACAUAUUGGAUUUCAGUUUUAAGAGUAGGAGGACUCGAGGAUUGGUUGGUAUUGGAAUUGUGGCUGUGCUCGGGACAGCUAUUUGGGGUGGGGGGCUUGCAAAUCAACUCAAUUACUCUCGUCAUGAUUUGCCGACGUACAAGCUGGAUUUCAAGGAUCAUACCCAUUUUGCAGGGCCAUUUGUGUUGUAUUUUAGUUAUGGAUUGUUCGAUGCCAUGUUCCAGAGCAUGGUCUACUGGAUCGUUGGAGCAUUGGCUGAUGAUUCCGAGAUCCUUAGCAGAUAUAAUGGAUUCUUCAAGGGAAUACAGAGUGCAGGGGCGGCGGUCACUUGGCAAAUUGAUACACAGAAAGUGCCACUUUUGAAUGAACUAUUAGUGAAUUGGGCACUCCUCACAAUGAUGAAGUUGAAGGAAAAUCCGAGGGCACAGCAAUCCCCGGAAUCCAUUGAUGAUUUAAUGGUUAAAUGCUUUCCAGCAUACGUGAAGCUUGCUCGUAUGGAUACUGCUAACUGGGCAACAAGAUGCUUAAAAGAUUUUUGGAGCAGAAGCCUAGGCUUUUGGUUUCUCAGGGGCAGCAACAAAAUCUGCUACCUCUUUCUUCUCCUCCUUGACCACAUCCACGGCUUCUGCAGAACCGGUUUUAUCUCAGUUGCUGGGGAUACUUCCUCAUUUUUCACGGCCUCUGGAGCUGGUUCUGAAAGAUCUAGCAAAGGGUGGUUACCUGAUGAGCAGUCUCAACCUCAGUGUUCUCAGAGGCGGCUUGUUGAAGUGUUUCAACAGGGGCUGAUGCCUCGUCAAGAUCCGAGUCUCUGGGUUUGCCCGCGCAGCCUCCCAUGA